UGAAUGUAAGCUAAAAGGUAAACAAAUAAUAGUUGUUUAACAUUCUAUGGAUAGUGAGUUCCUGGAGCUGACGCAGCUGCUGCCCCGCUGGGUGGAUCUGGAAAAUGUGGUCCGUGGUGAAGUCGAGGCGCGCUACAUACUCAAAAGAGCCGCGGAUCACCUGGCGAACUUGAGGUCUGGCGGAGAUUCCGGGGCGGAGGAAACCGGAUAUCUGGUAGGUGCGCUGGUGGACAGGAACUGGGAACGCAUUCACACAGGGCACUUCAGCCAGGUUCCCUUGGUCACGAGGAAGAUAUACGCCAUAGCCUGUUGCUUCAAGAUUUUUUUCCUUCUCUUGGAGAGCACUAGUCCCGCCCAGAAGGAUGCGUGCAGUGAGAUCCUCGAUGAGGCUCAACUUUUGGGUUGCAUGGAGGAUUGGAGUGAACUGAAAGUCGCCCUAAUGGAUUAUCUCGACAAGGAUGGAGCAGUAGCACUGAAUUCCGCACCACUUCCAACUCUAGAGCCAUUAACCCGAGUAACCUCCAACUGUGAUAUACCCCAACUGGACGCUCCCAGUCUAGAAGAGUUCCAGACAAAGUGCUUUGAGGCAGGACAACCCACACUCCUGCUCAACACCAUCCAGCAUUGGCCUGCACUGCACAAAUGGCUGGAUCUCAAUUACCUUCUCCAAGUGGCCGGGAAUCGCACGGUGCCCAUUGAAAUAGGUUCCAACUAUGCCAGCGAUGAAUGGUCCCAGCAGCUGGUGAAGAUCCGCGACUUCCUGAGCAGACAAUUCGGAAAGGAACCAAGCAAGGCUGGCCAAAAUAUCGAGUAUCUCGCUCAGCACGAGCUCUUCGCCCAGAUACCAGCCCUCAAAGAGGAUAUAUCCAUUCCCGACUACUGCACCAUCAGCAACGAAGAUACCCCAGGAGCUGUGGACAUCAAAGCCUGGCUGGGACCAGCUGGAACCGUAUCUCCCAUGCACUACGAUCCCAAGCACAACUUGCUGUGCCAGGUAUUCGGUUCGAAGAGGAUCAUCCUAGCUGCUCCUGCAGACACAGACAAUCUGUAUCCCCACGACAGUGAGUUUUUGGCCAAUACAGCGCGAAUAGAUGCUGCUCAACUGGAUCCUGAAACAUAUCCCUUGGUAGCCAAGGUGAAGUUCUACCAGCUGCUCCUGCAACCUGGUGACUGUUUGUACAUGCCACCCAAAUGGUGGCACUAUGUGAGAUCUGAAGCUCCUAGCUUCUCUGUAAGCUUCUGGUGGGAGUAAGCAUUUUAAUGCAGUUUAUUGAACAGCAAAUUUAUGUAGGAUGAUCUCUGUUCAAGUUAAGAUUAAAGUAUGCACUGC